CGCAUCGCACAGAAGCGCAAGUUUGAAGAGGCCGAGGAACUGGAUGUCAAUUCUGGUAUUCAUGGCAACUGGACGUUGGAUAACGCCAAACAAAAACUCAAUGAAUAUAUGGCACAGAAUAAGAUUAAAGCCGAUUAUCGGUUCACGUCUGUAGGGCCCGACCACUCCAAAUUAAGUGGUUCUCAUGUUUUUGAACAUGUGUCGGCCCGAGAGCCCGGUUCUAACAAGCAGUUGGCCUCCAAAGCCUGUGCCCUCUCUAUUGUGAGACAAUUAUUUCACUUCGGAAUUAUCGGCGAAUUUCAGGUGAAUCCGGUCAAGAAAAGCAAAUCUCAGGGCCAGGUCGACUCGUAUGCAAUCGAUAUACCACUCACUUUGCUUCCAGUGAUUAACAAAACGCUCCAAGAUCUCAAUAUAACAGCGGUUCCCAUAUGCGAACACCGGACCCCUCAAGGUGUUCCCGAAUCGUACUCUAUUCUUCUGGAUCACCAGACAGCGGAACCCAAGGUUGACACGAGUACCAGUUCGCAGUGCGUUAGUUGGUGUCCACCCAUUGAAAACUGGAAUCCAUGGAAGGGCUGUAAUAUAGACGAGGGUUUACUCGCGACCUCUUCGUUGCCACAAAUAAGUGAAAUGCUUUUGAAGACACAGUUUGAGAACCAGAGAAGCCCUCAGUUUCAUCAGAUGAUUGAACGCCGCAAAGCGCUUCCCGUUUGGAACAUGAAAGACAAGAUUCUGGGGGUAAUUAGAGACAACCCGGUUGUGAUAAUUCGUGGCAGCACUGGUUGUGGUAAGACGACUCAAGUGCCCCAGUUCAUUCUGGACGCAUUCAUCAGCAACAGUAGGGGCGCUGACUGUAACAUAAUCGUAACCCAACCGCGAAGAAUAAGCGCCAUAUCUAUCGCCGAAAGAGUGGCUCAAGAAAGAGCUGAGGCUUUGACUAUGAAUUCAAGCGUUGGAUACAGUGUUCGCUUUGAGAACUCUCUGCCCCGACCUUACGGUUCGAUACUCUUCUGUACGAUCGGAAACUUAUUGCGUAAACUGGAGGCCGGACUCCGGGGUGUGUCGCACGUCAUCUUAGAUGAGGUCCACGAGCGAGACGUCAACACAGACUUCCUGCUGGUUGUGGCCCGCGAUAUGAUCAACGCUUUCCCGAAUAUGCGACUCAUCCUAAUGUCUGCCACAAUCGACACGACUAUAUUCCAGAACUAUUUCGGUAGCUGUCCCAUACUUGAGAUCCCGGGUCAGUCACAUCCCGUUCAGGAGUACUUCCUCGAAGACUGUGUCGAGAUGUUACGCUUCGUGCCGCCGCCCCCUCAGCGCCGCAACAAAAACUUUCAGGACGAGGACGCAGAGGGCGGUGCCGCUGAUACCGCCGGCGAUAAUCUGAACAAGCAACUUGGACCCAAAUAUUCCGAUUUCACACGAAAUUCGAUGUCGAAAAUGAGCGAAAGAGAGAUCAGUUUUGAUUUGAUUGACGCACUGUUGGCACACAUUCAGACACUCAACACUCCGGGCUCUAUACUGGUGUUCCUCCCCGGAUGGAACUACAUCUUCGCACUGAUGAGACACUUGCAGUCGCAUCCAUACUAUAGCAAUACACAGCGCUUCCUAAUACUUCCUUUGCAUUCGCAAAUACCGCGCGAAGAGCAGCGGCGAGUCUUUGAUCCCGUGCCGCCCGGAGUCACCAAAAUUAUUUUAUCCACAAAUAUCGCCGAAACGAGUAUAACCAUCGAUGACAUCGUGUUUGUCAUCGAUUCGUGCAAAAUAAAGAUCAAACUCUUCACAUCGCAUAACAAUAUGACUAAUUAUGCAACGGAUUGGGCCUCAAAGACAAACCUCCAGCAGCGCAGAGGACGUGCCGGACGAGUGAGACCCGGAUUCUGUUACUAUCUGUGCAGUAGAGCUCGAUAUGAGGCAAUGGACGAGUAUCUGACACCUGAAAUAUUCAGGACUCCAUUGCAUGAGAUCGCACUAACCAUCAAACUCUUAAGACUGGGUUCUAUCACUGGAUUCCUGUCCAAAGCCAUAGAACCCCCACCUAUUCAUACAGUUAUCGAAUCGGAGGUCAUAUUACGAGAAUUGCGAGCACUGGACGAUCAGAGCGAACUGACACCUCUGGGAAGAAUUCUGGCCCGACUUCCCAUUGAGCCCCGAAUCGGCAAAAUCAUGAUCGCGUCCAUCAUAUUUGGCUGUCCGGACUCCAUGUGCACCAUAACAGCCAACUCGAGCACAUGUCCGGAUCCUUUUGAUUCAUUCAAUCUGAAUCGUCUGCGUUAUGUUCACAGACGCUUCAGUAACGGCCGCUUCAGUGAUCACAUCUUAGUUCAGCGCACAUUCAAGACGUGGGAAAAGGCUUCAUAUAGAGGAGAGUCCAAUGCCCUUGAAUUCUGCGAACAGUUCGCAAUCCUGCCGACGGCUAUGAAGAUCACAUCCGAGGCUAAGAAGCAGUUAUUGGAUUUGUUGCGGAGCUCUAUGUUUGCGGACGACGUUCUGGGCGACCGUUACUUUGACGGCGGCAACAGUCAACACAUGAGAGACCAGUCGGGAACAGAGGGCAACACUGGAUUGGAUUUAGUGACAGCUCUGUUGACAAUGGGUUUGUACCCCAAUGUAUGCCUACAUAAAGAGAAGCGAAAGGUGUUGACCACUGAGGCUAAGAUAGCUUUAGUUCACAAGUCAUCGGUCUGUUACACAAACCUGCCGUACCCUCAGAGCACGUUUCCGAUGCCCUUCUUUGUCUUCGGCGAGAAGUUGCGAACGAGUGUCAUAUCAGCCAAACAACUAACGAUGGUUUCGCCCAUUCAUCUGCUUCUGUUCGGCUCUAAGCGAGUGGACGUCACGCCCGACCUAUUCGUUCAGUUAGACAAAUGGAUUGACUUCAAAAUGGACCUAAACAUGGCUGCGGCUAUUGUGGCCCUCAGACCCGCCGUCGAACACCUCAUUAUGAAUGUGUCGGCCAAUCCUGAGUCUGUGGGCAGUCUGUCCCCACCCGAGCAACAGCUCAUUGAGACGGUGACUAGGUUACCGAUCGGCUCUUCACUCUUCAGGUUCCACAAGAAGACGGAUCCGUCGACACCACAAGACGCCAGAUUCAGCGCCUCUUCUGACUGGCCUUUCGUCGACUUCGGAUGGAAACAACAGCUCAUUGAGACGGUGACCACGCUUUGCAAUUUCGAUAUCGUCAACAUCACCAAAAUGGAGCCCAGAGUUGACUCUCAGAAUCAAUGCUAA